GUCACUGUCACCGGUCCAAACAAACCAGAAGAGAAGAAGAAGAAGUUCAUGAAAUCAAGUUCAGUUUGUUUUAAAUUUUGCAAGUUUUUAUAGAAACAGUGAAAUUGUAUCCAUUAAACUGUAUAACUAAGAUGAUGAUACGCCAUCAUCUGCGUCUCACAAGGCGCUUCUGUACCAAAGCUCCUCUCCCAGAUCUCGGCAUCCGAAUCUACUCAUGCCGAACCCGAGAAAAGAUCCCCCUCCAACUGCCUUCGCCCGCUCGGAUCACAUCAUUCUACACCUGUGGCCCAACGGUGUACGAUUCGGCACACAUAGGCCAUGCCAGCUGCUACGUCCGGCUGGACAUCGUCCAACGCAUUCUCCAAGAUCAUUUCGGUUUUCGCCUGGUCACCGCCAUGAACAUCACCGACAUCGACGACAAAAUCAUUCGACGCGCCGCUGAAGUCGGCAAACCCUGGACCGAUAUCGCACGCCACUACGAGCAAGAGUUCUGGACCGAUCUACAACGGCUGAACGUUCGACCUCCGGACAUAAAGCUUUGCGUUACGGAUCACAUCCCCGGCAUAGUUACGUUCAUAGAACGACUAAUCGCCAACGGCUUUGCGUACAAAUCUUCGGACGGCUCCGUCUACUUCGAAACCUCCAAGUACCUUCAGUACGGGAAACUUCAGAACAUCCCCACAGAACAGCAACAACAACCCUCGACGGAAGCCAAGAAGAACGCAGCGGAUUUUGCCCUCUGGAAGGCCGUCAAACCGGGUGAACCCUCGUGGCCGUCGCCCUUCGGACCGGGUAGACCCGGCUGGCACAUCGAGUGUUCUACGCUGGCUUCGCAGAUAUUUGGUCGCCGUUUGGACUUCCAUGCCGGAGGUUUGGACCUAAGGUUCCCCCAUCACGAAAACGAGGAGGCGCAAAGCUGUUGCUACCACGGGGUGGACGACUGGGUCCGAUACUGGGUUCACACCGGGCAGCUACACCUGGAAGGUCAAACGCACAAGAUGUCCAAAUCGUUGAAGAACACGGUGAGUAUUGGGGAACUGAUGAAUAAGCAUUCGGCGGACGAAUUCCGGAUGUUGUGUCUGCUGUCGCAUUAUAGGAGUGCGAUCGAGUUCGGUGACGAGUCCAUGGCAGUGGCGACGAACGUUCUGAAGAAGUUCCGUUCGUUCUUCGACGAUUGCCGGGCGUACGUAGGAGGGGUGAAGCCAGCUGUGGAGGUUGAUUCGGGCGAACUACAGGGGAAAAUGCUGGAGGUUGAUGGGAAAAUCGAAGAGUUUUUGCGGAACGACUUCAACACCGCAAGUGUAGUGACCAGUUUGGGUGAGCUGGCUUCUACGGUGAAUAGAUCGAUAAAUACAGGAAGCGGUAGGGGGGAUUCGACGGUAGUGGCAUCAGAGGGCGGCACGGUGCAAGCGAUGGCAAACUAUAUAAGGAACAAACUGGCGCUUUUUGGCCUCCAGGAGUUCGAUGCGGAGAGGAAACUGACUUCGGAAGGCUGUAGCAGCGAUUCGAUAGAUCAGGUGAUAGAGAGUAUGGUGCAAAUUAGAAAUGGUAUAAGAGCUCAAGCCAUAGAGAGUAAGGACCGGAGACUAUUUGCGGUUUGUGAUCAGAUUCGGGAUCGUCUGAAAGAGGUCAACGUGGAAGUGAAGGAUCAUGGGAAGACUUCCUCGUGGAGUUACCUUAAGCGAUGAAGUAGUGUGAUUGGAGGGACAAUAAAUGCAUUUCAAUUGUUA